UUUUUCACAAAUUUGUAUUCACUUGCGUUGCGUGUUUUUGGUGGAUUUAAAAAAACUGUUACAUAAAUUUGAGAUUGCAAAUUUGAUUAAAUUCAAUAAAUGAACAGCAGUUUAGCGGCGAGCCUGAGAGAAGAAUCAUUUCUAAAUGUUUUGAAAAAUCUCAGCGAACGGCAUGGGAUCAAGUUGGGCGGUUUUCCUGAAGAGUUGUUCCUUCAGCUCAGUUCACAAGAAACUGAAACUUUGUCUUGCAAUAUCUGUUUCAGCAUAGUAAAUGACUGUUGCCAGUGUCUGAAUGCACAUAAGUUUUGUAGGUCGUGCAUAUUCACAUGGUCAUUGUCCUGUCUCACUAAUUCCGACAAGUGUCCAGUCUGCAGAUGUGUUCAAGAUGAUUACAAGCCUGUAGAAGAUGUCAACAAAAUAUUGUUCAGCAAAUUAGUUAGAUGUCCAAUUGAUGCCUGCAGUGAGGAAACCACGUUGGAACUCUUCCUUCAGCAUGAACAUGGCAGAUCAAUGUACAGCAAUGUCCAUGUCGACUUUGCUAAAGUCAAACAAGAGAAUGUCAUGAGCCUGAGGAAUGUUAUCCUCUCACAAAUUGACAGCAUCGUCACAUCAACAUUGCCAGAAAGCCUUGGACUUCCUAAUGAUGCCGACAGAUUCCACAUGGCUCUUAUUGAGAUCAUGGACAGUAUGAUGCAAUUAGAUUCUCGUAUCACGAAUAUAAUGUCUAACACUGAGUUGGCAUCAACAUUGUUUUAUGAAAAUGUUAACAAUCUGAUUGCCAUGCCAGCUACUGUUAGCAGUACUGAUAUGGCGCCUGGAAAUCUUCACGGCGAACAGUCGACCAGGCUGCCACAUCAUGCCAUUCUUAGCUCCUCCUCUGAUUGGAUGGAUGAUGCUUUGGACGAGUUUCUUCCUCUCGGUAGCACGAGAUCUCAGGGAUCAGUUUCCAACAUCUCUACUUCACACGUUUCUUUUUCGCACACCUCCACUCAGCACAUCCCUAGUUCGCCCAUCCCUACCUCUUCGUUUUCGUCACUGAAUGAUUAUUCUCCCGACAGUUCAUUCUUGAUGUCAUCAAGUGCUCCUGCAAGUUACGUAGAAGAUUAUUCAGCUCCCAUGGACCACCGGUCUGAAACGUCACAGCCUAACCGCUCACUAUCUUCUGAUACCUUGUGGGAUGACAACUGUUUGCAGCAGGACAACUUGAUGCUAGCCACAUUAUCGACGCUAUUGACAUCAAUUAGCAACAACAACAACUUGAUUGAUAGCAUACAACUGCCAAGAGACAUACCCUACUUUUAUUCCAGGCCUAACCGCACAGGAAAUAUGGAAAUUGAUCAGAGGAACAUUGAUCUAAUCUCAUCGCACACUCUGAUGACGCCAUCAAUUACAGCAUCGAGACCGGGUCAGCAGAUGGUGUUUGAAGGGAGAGUGGCAUCAUCAUCUCGUCCAGAUUAUGAAGAUGAUUAUGUUGGUGCAGUCUGUAGUGGUGUCAAUGAUGAACUUUAUGAUGGAUAUUCGUUAAUGUCUGGUAGAUAUGUUUCUGCUGGUGACAGUCGCAUCGUGCUAUCUGAUGCUUCAAAUGGGCAGGCAUGUGGGCCAGUGUUUCAUGACCUGAAGGUUAUUGGGAAGAGUAAGAAUGGAAAACUGAAUCGCGCGUAUGAUGAAGAUGACAAUGACGAUGAAGCAGCUGCAAUUGAGGAUGAUAAAACGUUAUACGAAUCAUCAUUCCACAUGCUAUCGCCACCAUCUUCAUCUUCGUUGCUAAUUAUUAGACAGUCACCUCCAGCUUCCUACUCCUCAUCCAAUAACUCGCGGAAUAAAAGUGUAACGUAUAAAUUUGAUGCAAAAUUGAUUGCAAAAUCUCCAAAUAGAGAUACUGCAAACGCAGUUACUUACCGUUUCGACUGUGAUGAGCCAGUGUUUGCGCCAAAUGAGCGAACGUUUGCAUUAGAUUCUGCCAGCUCUAAUAUGGUCGACAAUUACAAAACUCGUUACAAUGGUAAGGAAGGUAGGUAUUUCAAGUUAAGAAACGUAUUCACUGACAACAAAUCUGGUGAAGACGAUGAUGUCGAUUUUGUAAAGUGCACAGUUCAACCACCUCAGGGUAAAAGGUUUGCAGAUUGUUUUUUGAACAAUGAUCGCUACUCAGUAACAAAGAAGAACAUUUCCAAUUGUUCUAAUUUACCUUCUUCAUCUUGUUACACUGGCUCUUCCCUCAACAAUAUCUUGUCUGGCAAGCAAUCUGUUGCUGGUAGAGCAUCCAAUGUUAUGGAUGCAAGUUCAACUGGUUCAUCAAAGAAACAGUUCUGCAACUCAAAGGACAACAAUGCAGGCUGUAGUAAUCGUUCUACUGGCUCAUCAGCUACCCACAAAUCAUCUUACAAGCUGUUAAAUUGUUUCCCUCGCCUAAAUGUCGUUUCCAAAUCGAGUCAGGCAAGUAAGUUUUCAUCGCAUGCCAUUGCUAAUAUUCCAGAAGAUGAGUACUUUGAUGAUGCAAGAAGCAGAAAUGUUAAACCUCCAAUUACAUCAUCCAAUCUGAACAAACAAAUCUUGACCGGCAAUAAAAAGUUCGGUGAUGAAACAAAGUUCUCAAAUAAUAACAGACAACAACUCUCUAUUAAUGCACAUAACUUGGAGUCAUGGUUGCCAGAUGACACAGCAGAAACAACCGGCAAUGAAAAUUUACUUCAAACAACAGCAGAUCAUCUUGAUAGAAGGGAUAGUAGCAAUCUUUCCAAAAAUAACAAAACUUCAAGUAGGUCUGAUAGAAUAAAUGAAAGUGCAGCCGACAGAAACAUUUCAGAGCCAGUGUCCAAAUUUCAGAGGAGAAAGGAGUAUGCAAAGAACUGGUCGUUAUUGUGUAAAAAGAAAAAUCCUAAAAAGUGAAUAACGGAUUGCUUCUUUUGUCUGCGAACAUUUCAUUUUCAUUUAUUAUUUUAAUCUUUAAUUACUUAGGAACUUUGUAACUUUGUUGAUUGCCUGCAUAAAUCUCUAGCUUUUUCCAUGGAUAUAACAUUCAUAUAUAAUAUAUUUAUAUAUUUAUAUUUAUAUACAUGACUUUUUCAAAAUAAACAAUGACAAGUUAUGCGUUUAACAUGAAAAUUUUAUCAACGCCAAUUCUGCACAUCUUAAUUGUUGUAGAGGAAAUUAAACUUUUUUGUUCAUUAAAAACUGUGAUUGUUUGUGCGCAAUGCUUGUAGUAAAAAAUUUUUUUUAUCUAGUCAAAGUAAAUUGAAAUGCCAUCAGUAGAAAGUUGAUAGCGUGAAAUGUUAAUAGUUGUAAUACCUUAUGGUUGUAACUAUUCCCUAGUUUCUGUUUCAAUAAUUACUUUUUCAUUGGAUGGGUUUUCGUUUUUUUUGUAACAUGCUUUUUGGACAAAAUGAUCUAUUUAUUUUCCACAUUUUUCGACAAAAAAA